UUUAACAAACAUAACCGUAUCUCCGCGUUUUCUACAUCCCGUCAAAUCGGUAUACUUAUCCAUUUCCUAUUUUCAGAAAUUACCAGCACACCACAGACGUCACAGCGCUCGCAAGCGAUCUUAUCAACACAGUUUGAUGCUCUUCCGAAGAGAAGCAUUGAAAACGAAAUCUCCUAGCAUUAAUUCGUGCGUGUGCAAGAGUGUCAUAUUGUAUUGCGAGGAAAUUCCCAUCUUCAGAAGUCUAUAAUUGCUUUCAGCAGAAAAAGGUGACUUGUUAGUUUCAUUUAUUUAUUUAUUUAUAUUCCGCAUAAUUUGCCGCAACUUACUACCAUUCGAUUCAGUAAUACAAUAUCCAAUUCCUAACGAUAGUUUUAGUCAAUAUCAACAUCGUAGCGAUUUAUGGGCCUUUGAAAGCCAGAUCGUAUAUAAUCAAUUAUUUAAUUUUCUGAACUGAUAAAUUAUAAACUAAUCAUACCUUUCGCCAAACAAACUUCGAACCCUUAGGACGUAUCUUCUUCGUAAGUUGAGCAGAGCCUGGCGCAUUAUGCGACGUUGGAGUGACAUUGAUUCAUACGUCGCUCCACUUAUGUGCGAAACCUAACUCAACUUUUUAAAAUUUAUUAGUAUUAGAUUAGAUUAUUAAUCUUUUAAAGACUUCUUUGUUUUGAAUUCUUUUUAUUUAGGAUUCGCUCGCGAAUGCUUUUAUUAAUGUGUGUACCGAACUGAAAAAUGUGUCAAAUUUGCAACCGGAUGAAAUCUUGGUGUACGGACCGUGGUAUUUACCGCAGAUGGGUAAUUGUUAUGUACAGUAUAAAUAUACAGUAUAAAUAUUUAACAAUUAGAUUACGAGCUCGAGAUUUCUACAAGGUGAUAGUUGAUGAGGACGAAGCCCAAAUCAACUAUCACCGUAAUAGAAACCUGAAGCGAGUAAUCUAAUUGUUUUAGUUGAAUCAAAGAUCAAACAAAAUAUAUAAGGCUCUAAACAUUUGCCACAACGGGCGGAAGUCAAACAAUUAUGUCGAAUUACGUGUUGUGACGUCACUUUGCAAGGGCUGAAGAAAAGCACAGACAGUUGAUCAAACACAGACUCCAGCAGAUAAUAGAUAUACAAAAUCGGUUAACGUUUGUUUAUCACUAAUUCACUACCUCCUCCGCAGGCCAUACAGCCCGUAAUGAGUAUGCCCGUUCGCAGGUUGAAAUUUGAAAUUUGAGGCGAAGGCUUGCGUAAUUCGCACCAAUUUUAUUAACGUCGUUUAUUCCCUAACCACCUGACACUCAUGAAGUUAUUGACUCUUAUGCGCUUAUCGUCACCGAAGAAUCAGUUUUCAGGGUUUUUUUUUCAGGUUUUUUUCACGUUUUAUCCCCCGAUCCGGGUUUUUUUCUUUUAUCCGCGUUUCAUCCCCUCUUUCACCGCGUUUUAUCCUGACUCCGCGGUCUAACGCUUGAAUUCAAAUGGUCAGUAAUAUUUUAAAAAUUCCUCUCAGAAACACAGCUCGAUAUUUCAAUGUAUUGAAAACGAAACUGCGUAGCUUUUAUUGAAAUGUGUACAGAACUGACUUGUAAAAAUGUGUCAAAUUCUCAACCGGCUUAAAAUCACUUGAUAUAUCUAUAUUGAUCUGUUAAGUAUUUUUCACUCAGUUAGCACCAACUGUAUUCUAAGUAGAAUUGAGAUAUGUAUCUACGAAUGUCAACAUUUCUGAAAAUGAGCAUCAUCUGUUACACUAGUUGGUCGCCAUCUGCUAGCCUAUGAGAAGACCCAAUAGUAAGACAAUUUUUUUCAUUCGACAGGUCAACAUGAGGGGAAAGAAGGAAUUAUUCAUGCUGAUCACAGGCCUCGUGUUGUUCAUAUUUGACCUGGUCACAGACAUCUUUGUAGGUGUACGGUAUAGGCUUAAAGGCGAAUAUUGGUGGUUUGGUCUGACGUUACUUUUUAUUAUCGUACCUCUUUACAUCGUCGGUGUUAUGGCUGCCUAUCAAACAGUUUCUAAAGAUAAUUUAAUAAGUUCUUUAUCGUUUGCAUGUACAUGGUGGCCCAUUUUUGCGCGUUAUGUCGACGAGUUCAAAUAUUGGAAGCAAACAUAUCGGGAUGAUCACCCUUGUGGAGACAACUAUAAGGAAUGCAGUUGUGCAGAUUGCGAACAGUACCGCGUGGCGAUAACGACGUCUAACAAGUCAGCAUACAGGCUCGCGUGGGUACGUUAUGUAGAGACACUUACUGAGUCUACUCCACAAUGGUGUCUACAGGUUUACAUCAUGUUACGUCAGUGGGAUUUUCCAUGGUUAACCGUGCUCUCAGCCGUGGUUUCCCUGCUUUCUUUAGCAUGGAGUAUUACCGCUCUUGAGAAAGCGAGAGUAAAUAAAAAUAGCCAUAAUUUCACACUGCCAGCCACGGUUGUAUUUUUCACUUCUCAAUUGUCUAGUCUGCUAUCCAGACUUUUUGCAAUUUCAGCAGUGGCAUACGUCUUUAAGGAACAUGUGAUCACAGCACUGGUGGUUCAUUGGAAGAUGAUGUCUGUUGUCACAUGGUUGAGAAUCACUAAUUUUGAUGACGGCAUGUGUGAUGAAGUAAAAAGAUUUUUUCAGAACAGUAUUCUCAGCUUUCUGCUUAUGUUACACGUGCCGAAUGCGUUCACCAAAGAAUAUUCCAGUUCACGCAUUCUCCAUAUUGUGUUGUACAAUUUAAUAUCUGUAGAGAACGUUUUGCUCGCAAUCUUUGCGGUGACAAUACCAACACCUGAUGUGAAACAUAUGAGUGUACUGAGACCAAUUGUGCUGUCGUUGGUUAUAAUAGGCGUGGUCCAAGGUACCAUUUUUUACAUAAUAUAUGACAAGCUCUUCACACCGGGACAAGAACCACAUGAACCAGACGAAGAAGAAAACGUGUAAUACAACAUGCUACCAAGUGAACGAUAUCUGGAGAAAAAAAACCACUUUUGAACAUCUCUGCAUGCAUAAAUUCAUGUUGCUAUGAGAAUUAACAAUGCUGUAUUACAACUCAUACUACUAUAUACCAAUAGUAAAAAUAUACAUGAAAGAAUUACUUAAUUCUGAUUAAGAGUCCUGCAAUUUUAUUGAGAAACCGUGUCACGUGGAAAUUGGUUUAAAUUUUGACAGUUGAAAACUUGCAUGAAAUUGUUGUGUCAUUCCAAUGAAUGAGUAAAUCAUUUAUAUCUCACGUGGUUCAUGCAACACGUGACCACAAUUUGUUUCUGCAUAAUUUCUUCAUGUAUAUUAUGAAUCAUAAUAGUGUGGUUUCUCGUGGAAUUUGGAGAAAAAAAACAAUUGUAAGUUUUUCAAAAGCUGCUAUCGUUCUUCGUCGGGACUUGUACAAGUUUUAUUGUCAAAUUAACAAUUUUUUACAUUAUAUAUAGAAUUGUAAAUCGCACUUAGUUAACGUAAUUUACAAAUAUAGCUGUCAAUAUAACUAUAUAAUAGCCUAUAACCAAUCAGCAUGAGCUCCACCUUUGAAUUUACUAUAUGAGUAAAUUCUUAAACACGUCCGAAUUUAUCAUUAUGAUAAAUUCGCGGCAAAUUUUGAAUUUAUCAUAAUAAUAAAUUCGCGGCACCUAACACUAACCCUAACCCUAACCCCAACCCUAACCACUAACCCCUAACCACUAACCCCUAACCCUAACUUUUUUAACUUUUCAAAUUUUUUUAACUUUUUUAAAAAUUUAACUUUUUAAAAUUUUCUUGCUUUUCAAAACUCUUUUAAAACUUUUUUAAAAAAUAUUUUUUCUAAAAACUUGAAAUGUCUUUUCCACGAUGGGUGCCAACCCAUUGCUGCUUGGCAGCAUCUGAAUCAGCUGUAACGAUUGUUUAGUUAAAAGUUGAUUACGCAGUAGUUUUUUCAGUAAAGAGAAACUGUGAACGCGUAUACAAGCAAAGUCAUAGAAGGAAUUUUGUCUUUUGGUAUACUCUUGCAAUUAAAUUCACCGCUAUUUUCCCUAUUCAAUCUUGGUAAGUCUUGUG